AAAAAAGCUGGCAUGAAGAUUGCUUAGUACGGAUAGAUAACUAAUUCCCCGUUAAGUAUAAAAAUAUUGUAAACGAGUAAAUAUGGAAAUAGGUUGAACGGGUAAAAUCGAGAUAUGAAUAUUCAAAAGGGUUUUUUCCCAAUGACUGCAAAGUCUUCAAACACACAUCCUUAGUGUGUAAACAAAGUAAGUGCAUCAAAAGAAGAUGGACAUGUUGCUUAAUUUCGUUCUGGUGACAAUUUUCGCAGCUAGUUUUAACUCCGCUGUUGCUCAAGGCCGCAAGGCAAAGGUGUUACUUAAGGUGAGGGAUGACAAGACCUAUGAGCUUGUCGAAGAUGUUUUAAAAGAAAUAUCACGUCUUCGUCGCCCAAUUCGAGUCUUAGCCGCCGUUGGAAACGCAAGGGUUGGAAAAUCUUCCAUGUUAAACCUCAUUAACCACGUCUUGGAUGGAAGGAAGAAAGGAAAUUCUGUGGAAGAAAUUUUUAAAACCGGUGAUUCAUUCAAACAAGUUACGCGCAAUGUCUGGUCGCACACGAUUAUUCCACGAGGUGAAAACGGUGGAAGCAUUGUUCUACUGGAUGUAGAAGGCUUUAAUUUAGGUAACGAUACAGUAACGAAGCAUCUCAGUAUGUUUACAGCAAUGAUGUCGUCUUGUUUGAACCUUUUUGCCAAUGAUUAUCUGGGAAACAAAGAUAAAGAAUUCCUUUAUGAAAUAUCCCGCUCCAGUGACCUAGUAUUCAACCCAGACAAAACCAACCUUCGAAACUUUCCCAAGCUGCAUAUUGUUGUCCGAGGAAAUUUGAAAUCUCCUGACGAGCUUGAAAGUUACGUGCGUGAUGAACUCUUUGGAUCGGAUCAAAAUAACGGUUUUACCCAAAGUAUGGCGGAUAUAAUUGAAAGGUACUUUCCAAGGGACAGAAUUUUAGUUAGCCAAAUUCCAACUGUAAACGACCCGGAAAUCCUGCAAGAUUUGGCGAAAAUGCGCAAAAGUUCACACUGGGACAGUUUCGACAAGCUCAUUGAUAAAUCUGUUAAGGAGUGUCCUGUGAAGCAGACCAUUGGAGGAAGCAAAGUUGACGGUCCAGCCUUUGUAGAACUUGCGACGAAAGCUGUGAGAUCCUUAAAUGAAAACUCGUGGAAAGACUUCGGAGAUGUCUUUUCGAGCAUUGAAAAGGACAUAUGUAUGAGAAGUUACAACGAACACAUAAAGCCAGUUUUACAGCUCAAUUCAGGAGGAAUUGGAGACAGGAUGAUGACAGCAAAGGAAAAAUUCCAAAACGAAUGCUUGCUUAAAAGUGAGAUAGAUAGAGUCACCGAUAUAUUAACGAAGACACUUAAAGAAAAAAGUCAACAAGAAGAAGAGAAAAGGAGAGAGGAGGAAGAAAAAGAAAGGAGAGAAAAGGAGGAGCAAAGAAGAAGAAAAGAAGAAGAAGAGAAAAGCUGGUAUUCGUUUGAAAAUAUAAAAUAUUUUGGUGGCUAUGCAGCCACCUUGCUUGUUGGAUACUUCCUAAGCGAUGAAAAUCUUAAAAGUAACGUCACGGUUUUGCUUUCUUCCCGGUACAACGACAUUGGACUUACGGGAGUCUGCUGGAGAUGGAAUGACAUCGCACAACAGAAGUUCGGACUCACAGGGGAGGCCUGCGGAGUGAUUGCACAGGAAGUCCAAAAGCUGUAUCCCAAGGCUGUUUUAGUGGGAGAAGAUGGCUUCCUGCAAGUGCGAUAUGGAAUACUUCAUAAGAUGAUUAACCACGUUAGAGACAAGCGCUGUUAGAUUUUAUAAGUCUAAGGGAAACUCAGGAGAGCACAGUUGUUUCACUACAAAGUGAUAAAAAGGAACUUUCAAACAUAACUUGUCGACUUUGCAUUCGAAAGGAUUGGUUGUAAUUUCAGCUCGUCAAAUUUGACUCUGGUUUACGAGGUUAGAAACAUAAACUUAAUUUUUGGCAGAUUUAUAACCGGUGGGAUAUUAACUUGUUGUGUCAUUUUUAUAGUUGAAAACUGUUGAAAGAAGGCGUGAAGUAGUUGAAGUAUGUAGUAAAUUGAAAAUCUAGUACACCUUGCAGCCAUUGUCAAUAAACGUUUUUCCAUCAAAUU